CAGUCCGUUGCUGUUGUUUGUGAGUACGCAGACCUUGCAGAGAACCAGCUCCGACUCCACAGCCGGACCAUCAGCCACCAUGAGAGAGUUCAAGAGCAAAGAGUUCUGGAGGGCCGUCCUGGCCGAGCUGGUUGGCAUGACCCUCUUCAUUUUUCUCAGCAUCUCCACGGCCAUCGGGAACCCAAACAACGCCAACCCAGACCAGGAGGUGAAGGUGUCGCUGGCCUUCGGACUAGCCAUCGCAACGCUGGCUCAAAGUUUGGGGCACAUCAGUGGAGCCCACCUCAAUCCCGCAGUCACCCUGGGGAUGCUCGCCAGCUGCCAGAUCAGUCUGUUCAAGGCAGUCAUGUACAUCGUAGCACAGAUGCUGGGUUCAGCCCUGGCCAGUGGCAUCGUGUUUGGGACGCGGCCAAAUGCAACCAGUGCACUGGGGCUCAACGCUCUUAAUGGUGUCACCCCCAGCCAAGGCGUGGGCAUAGAGCUUCUGGCAACCUUCCAGCUCGUGCUGUGUGUUAUUGCAGUCACAGAUAAAAGGCGGCGUGAUGUCACCGGCUCUGCUCCCCUGGCCAUUGGCCUCUCGGUCUGCCUGGGACACUUGGCAGCUAUCAGCUACACGGGCUGUGGAAUCAAUCCCGCCCGCUCCUUUGGUCCAGCUCUGAUCCUGAGUGAUUUCACAGACCACUGGGUGUACUGGGUGGGUCCGAUGUGUGGCGGAGUAGCCGCGGCUCUCAUUUACGAUUUCCUGCUGUUGCCCAAAUUUGAUGACUUCCCCGAGCGUAUGAAGGUCCUGGUCAGCGGUCCAGUGGGCGACUAUGAUGUCAAUGGAGGCAAUGAUGCCACCGCCGUGGAGAUGGCGUCAAAAUAGCUGCAGCUAAAACCCUUUAUUACCAAUGUACAUGUCUAAACUCUUGUAAAAUAUAUAUGUAUAAAAUUCAUUUGAAAAAAAAAGCUAAAACAUUUCUUGAAUUUUAUGUAUUUUAGCAUUUUUGUGUUGUUUUUAAAUACAAAUGAGGAUUUUCUACAGGUCAUAGCUUGCUUUUUUUGACCCAGCACUAACUUGUCAUUCUUGCAAGUUUCGAUUCAAAGUCUUAACAAAGCAGCCGUUUUGAACAUGUUUCCCUUAUCAGUAUUCUAUGUUGAGCCAUUUUUUGUAUAUUUCAACAUAUCUGUAACACGUUUUAUUUCUGAAGGAUGAUGUAUUGAGUGUGCACUUAAAUGUCUCAUUUUUUUACGUAAAAUAAAAACACUUGAUGUAAAAA